AUGUCAUUGCAGGAAACACUAGAUGCAUUACGAAAAGACUUGUAUGAUAAUUCAAUUUAUGAACACUCAAAUUAUAGCUUUGAUAUCAAAUAUGCAUACCAGUUGUUUUCACAUAUGUACAAUAUCUACUCAAAUGAUAUGCUAAAUCGACCUCUUACUGAGACUGAAUAUGUGGCAUAUGUGUGGACGCCACUAAUACGAUAUGCGUUUAUGGAGCAAGACAUUCGCAUUUCUAGCGGGGAAGUUGGAUCUCUUGCGUAUGAAAAGUUAAAGAAAAUUUCUCAGCAGCAGUCAAAGAGUGGAUUCAAAAGCAACGAUUAUAUCGACAGGAAUGGAUGUACUCAUUCAGGAAAAUGCGAAAACUGA